AUAGACAUCAUAUUAUUCACUAUCCUUUAAGUUAGCGAGGAUAGGUACUUAGGAGUUAUCGCCAAGUAUGUAAUCCAUAACGGGAAGCUUCUAUGGUAGCCCGGAACGCGCCGGUGGUGGUCAGACUUUUUGGUGUAAGUGCUAGAAAUGCCGACGGUAUCCUUAGGGCGAAUUUGCGAAGCCGUAAAAAAGAUAUCGAAAAAUCUUCAAUAUUCUUCAGUAAGAUACGUAUUGGACGUCUGCAAACCUACCCAGCUCAGCUUGCAUUUCUUCUUAAUUAUCCCAAAUUAACCGUAGUUUUCAUUUACUCCUUGAAACUUUCCGAACAACUAAGCAUGGCGACAGCACAGCCGGUUGUUGUGUCAUUGGCCGAUCUCAAGACUGGGAACAUCUCUUUUGAGACAUUACAAGAAGCCUUUGGCCCGGAGUCGCUGGGAAUUCUUGUCGUCAAAGAUGUCCCGGCAGAGUUCCCAGGGUUAAGACACCAGUUGCUGUCGUAUGCCUCGUAUAUGGGCAACUUAUCAGAAGCAGACUUUGAUAAGUUUACGAACGAAGCUGCAAAGUAUUUAGUAGGAUGGUCCAAAGGCAGAGAAAAACUCAAGGACGGAGGGGCCGAUGAAUACAAGGGCUCCUUUUACGCCAACUGCGCAUUCUACGUAGACCCAGCCUUAGAGUCUGCAAAACCGACGGAACAGUUUCCUCUGAAAGAGUUCCCCGAGUACUUGGCGCCGAACUCGUGGCCGCCUAACGAGACGCUGCCGGGUUUCAAGCCCACGAUGGAACAGAUGUGUAGACUCAUAAUCGACACAGCCGUAUUAGUUGCGCGAGCUUGUGAUAGGUUCGCCGAAAAAGAAAUCCCAGGGUACCCUUCAGCCUACUUGGAGAAGGUGGUCAAAUCUUCGUCCACAACGAAAGCCAGGCUCCUACACUACUACCCGAUGCCUGAAGAGAUCAUGGCGAAGAACCAAGAAGAGGAUAAUUGGUGUGCAGUUCACAAGGACCACGGCUGCUUGACGGGCCUAACAUCUGCUAUGUUUGUUGACGAACUAAAGACAGACGCGAAGGUUCCCAGUUUCAGCGGAAAGGUGCCGGACUUGCUGCCGACAUUGGAGGAAUUGCCCGCGUCGCCAGAUCCACAAGCCGGACUCUGGAUUAAGGAUAGAAAGGGCGUGCCGGUCCAAGUCAAAAUCCCUCGGGAUUGCAUCGCCUUUCAGACCGGCGAGGCACUUGAAAGGAUUACUGGGGGCAAGUUCAAGGCUGUGGAGCACUCGGUAAGGGGAGCGUAUGCUAAAGGUGUUGCUCGAAAUACACUCGCCGUCUUCACGCAGCCAAAUCUUGAAGACGAAGUCGACUUGGACCAGCACAUUACGUUUGGAGAAUUUGCUAGAGGAAUUAUAGCGAAGAAUACCGUAUAAAUAGCAAAAGUCCAAUUGUCCGAAUAGCAAGUCUUAUUAAAAUAGUGUAACUAAGAACUUUUACAUUUUGUCCGCUGUGAGUUAGGUAGAUGAUAAAAUUACAACUGUAUAAGUACCUAAUAUUCACAAUUAGAAACAUGCUUCG